CAACUCAUCCGUCCGUCCGUCCGCCAUCCAUCCGUCCGUCCGUAUCCGCGUUUUAUCCUAACCCGGAAGAAAGGUAUCUCAGCUUAAAUAACGAAGUAAACCGUGCAUUAAUUGUUAACCGCUAAUCUGUUACUUCCGCGUUUCUAUAAAUUAUUAUUCCUUGCAAUAACUGUUUCGAAAUUCACGGCCGUUCCUAGCGCGAUAAUUGGGUUGGGAUGGGGGUGGUUGUGGGGGGGGGGGUAUUCAUACAUUCGUGUUCUGCCCAACGGAUUUCUUUUGAAAGCGAUUGUUUUUACGGUAUGUGAACAUGAAUUAUCGCGUCUAGAAACGGCCCUGUCGAAAUCUAUUGUCAAAUAUUCAAUAUUUUAGAAAGGACUCGACACUACCCAUAUUAAACUCCAAAACAAAUGUUCAUAUAUUGUUGUAAUUCGUUGUAAAAGUUCGGUCCAUUAAACUCACAAAGUUAGGAAACAAAACUCCCUCAAUACGUGGAGUUCGGAUGUUCGCUUAAUAUAAUUGAGCACCAUUCAUUCAACGUUAACAGCUAUGCUUGGUGCCACUGAUAAAUGGUACACAAAUAUGGACAGUGCAGGUGGGUUAUUUAAUGCUAUCUUAUUCACGGAUUUGUAAAAGGCUUUUGAUACCAUUGUCAUAACAUUUUGCUACAGAAGUUAACUUGUUAUGGCUAUAAUUAAUAAUAAAACAAUUCAUCUUUUUAGAAACUAUCUUUCUGAUCGUGCACAAAUAUAACAGUUAUUAACAACAUACGGUCUGAUACUCGUAAAGUAACAUGUGGUGUUCCUCAGGGGUCUAUCCUAGGUCCACUACUAUUCCUAAUAUAUUUCAAAAACUCAAUAAUUCAUGAGGAAAACACAAAGAAAAAUCAUAUGCGUGUUGUGUCUUUAUAUGUGAUAGAGAUUUCCCUUGAUUUACAUGAACUUUAACUUUGAUUUUCUCUACUUACACAACGUAUUGUUUAAAACUUACUUCGUCAAUGAACUUACUACAGAUCGAUCGUUUUUAAAGCAAUUUGGAACAUUCGCAGUGCGUGUUUUAUCAGACCUAAAGAUACUCGGCUUCACCUCGUAUCUUUACAUCUGAUAAAACACUGCUGCUCAUGUUUUAAGUAGUACAUAAACGACCUUCACCUACCUAAUAGUGAAUUGGUAUCAUGGAUGGGCAUUUAUUCAUUAUUCGACAACGAGCCAGACAAGUUAAUCUAAUCAGUAAUCUCUGUUCUAAAUGAUGAUCUUAAAACUCUCCACAACUUGCUUAACUUAAAUAAACUAAGUCUGAAUCACAUCUAGUUGAACGAUGUCGCAUUUAAUUGAGUGAUUUCACAUUGCAUUGAGUCGUUUCACAUUUAGUUUAUUUAUUUCACAUCAGGUUGAAUCACGUCCCAUCUAGUUGAAUCAUUUCAUAUCUAGUUAAGCUAUUUUAAAACACAGCGGGUGGUUCUAAAAAAGCAUGAAUUAUUUGCCAACCGAACGUGUCACUUGUAUAUGACCCGCUAAGUCAUUGCAAAAUAUGCCAAGCCAUUUCACUUGAACUAUCACAGGAACUAUAUGAAUCAGCGCAAUAAUAGACGAAUGAAUACACAAUCAAGUGAAUCGUUUCAAUAAACAAAUCAUUUCUGGUCUUGUCCAGUCAUAUCACUACGCUAUGUUCAAACAUUCCUAAACAUGAUGACUCGUUCGUGUUUGUAAUGAAUUUAUGUCCAUUUAUUUCACACGUGUAGUAUUUUUGGUGGUAACAGCCGCCCAUAAUGAUUGCAAUUAAAACUAAAUGUAUGUUUAUUGCAUCCAGACAAACAUUAAUUACUAUCCCAGAAGAACGAUCUCUUGGCCUCUCUAAAACCAGUACUACCAAAAGUCAACUCUUGUCUUGAUUUACAACUCUUUAAUACAGCCACACUUUGAUUAUUACAGCAUACCCGUCGAACUCGCUAGAGCUCAAUCUCUUGCUGAGUUUAAAUCUAAAAUUUCUUAAUAAUUGUGCAUAUAAUGUAGUCUGUAACUUUUGCGGUAAAUAUUUUGAUAUUUAUUUAUUAGAAAUUAGUUUUCUAGUAUAGGUAACACGUCUCCAUUGAAGAGCACAUAUUUUAACUUGUGAAAUGGAUCUCGUGUUUUAAUUAAAAUGUCAAUCAAUCAAUAGAAAAACAAGGUAAUUCGUACAUCGUAUCAGUUUGUUGAUGUUUGAAUGAACAAAACCGCACCAAAACUCUAUCAAAUUGCUAAUAAACCUAUAGUAUGUUUAAAAUUGUAUUGGUUGUCUUUUAGUCUUCACAGUAUCCAUAAAUUUCUUCAUUUUUUUUGGAAAACUUUUCGAGAUUUAAACUGAGUUCAACUUGUUCGCUUGUUGCUACGCUACGGCAUUUAGGGAAAUAUCAGGGGAGUGUCUUUCGUAAACAAAGAACUGUUUCCGUUCUACGGAAUUGUUCAGAAAAUUAAGAUUUCAAAAUGAAUAUAAUAAAGUGGUAAUUGCCGAUUUUGUAAUCACGCGUUUGAUUUCAGACCAAAUUGCACUCCACGUAGUCUUAGUGCAAAUGUGCAAUUACCAUUAUUAAUCUUGGACUCUCACGAUUGACUUUUUGCAGCACCUUAUCUCUGGUUCUAAUCUAUGCGCGUAAUAAGGAUAAAAAUACGUCGAAUUUCGGUCGCGUCGAAUGCAAUUCAAACAAUAGAUGAUGGCAGAAGUUUAUUUUCUCAUUAUCUAUUGUAUAAUUGCAUUCGAUGCGACCCGGCAAAUUUCGACGUAUAUAAAACAGGCCUAAGAAAUUGUAUUUACGGAUGUCAAAUGUAUUACUAAACAACAAUAUUCUAGCGAUAAGCUAUUUAUGACCUUUGAAAGUCAAGCGAAAUUGUAUUGUUGACAAAUCGCUCAAAAUUAUUAAACUAAUUAAAAAUGCAGCCACGUUUGAUCCUUGAUAACUUUCGUAUUGUUGGUUUUCUCUUUAUCGGCCGUACAAAUGAAUCGUCUUACUUUUCUCUUCAUUUUGAUAUAUAGUAUUUUGUGCUCAAAAUAUUUUAUUUUGAUGGUUUUAAAGCGCAGUUUUAUUCCUAGCGUACGGACCAACUGCCGCCGACAGGAGGAAUGUAGUGUACUAAAUAUAACUUUACUAAUUGUAGUACUGUCUUUAACUUUACUAAUUAUAGUACAUUUUAGUACUGUGUCUGGUUUUGAGAAGAGAGCUAUAUCGUAUUAAAUAAUAUAAGACCAAUUGCGAAACUUAGUGGCCGUGCCUUCAUACUGCACGAGAACGAAGCUUAUUGUGCAAAAACAAGACAAUUUCUAUAUUUUUGUAUAUAUAGCGAAAAGUGAAUUUUAGGAUUUUUAAAGUGUUUUUUUCUUGAAUCUCUUUGAUCUUUUCUUAAUAUUUCGUGCUAGGUUAUAUAAAUAUUUGUUAAAUUUAUCUAAACAUCGAUUUCCCACUAUAUUUUUACCCGCUUUGGAGAGAUAACGAUCCAGAAUAAUCUGAAGUGGGAUUUGCAUAUCAGUGAGAUAGUAACCAAAGCAUCAAAAAGACUACACAUCUUACGAGUUCUCAAGCGCAGUGGAGUUUCACCGUUUCAUUUACUACGAGUACAUUUUGCACUUAUUAGAUCCCUGCUUGAGUACUGCUGUCCGGUAUGGCAUUCAUCAUUGACCAUUAACUUGUCAGAUAAAAUUGAACGGGUCCAGAAGCGCACAAUGCGAAUAAUCUACCCCACAUUAAGCUAUGACGCUGCUCUGGACCAAGCUAAAUGUUUGACAUUACGCGCAAGACGUGAUGGUUUGUGCAUAAAAACUUUUGACAAAAUCAGACAGCCUGAUUCACGCCUUAAUCAUUUAAUACCACCUUCUCGGGCCAAUGGACACAAUUGUAAUUUAAGGUACGGAAAUAGAUUAACACUGUUUCCUUGUAAGACGGAGCGCUUUAAGAAAAGCUUUUUUCCUACUAUGUGUAUUCAAUCACAUAAUUUAUAAAUUUUGUAAAUUUUGUAAAUUUAAAAGUUCUUUCGAUAUUAAUUCAUAGAUCAGUAAACUAUUGUUGUAAUAUAAUGCCAGUGACACAAGGUACUUUUUAAUACUUUUAACUAAAGUUUGUAAAUAAUUUCGCAAUUCGCUUUCAUCGAGCGCGACGAUUUUUAUAAUAAACCAUUAAUAAUAAUAAACCAUUAAUAAUAAUAUUUCGUUGUUGUUUUAGCAUGCGAUGGAACAAACAUAUGGAAAUUAAAGAUCAAUCUAGACUUUAAAAUCUGAUCAAGAUGCAAAUAAAAUAGCCAGUAUAACUUAACAAACUAAAAUAUAACUUUUUCUACCCAGAUUUUUUUAGACUUGUGCGAGAAAAAAAAGAUUUUGUCAAAGGAUAAUAACAUAAAAUUUCUACAAAUUUUGCCCGACAUUUACUUUCAUAUUUUUAAAGUUAAAAUCGAAAACUUGCUAUUAUAUUACAACUGAAACAAAAUUAAUCAAUGUUACAACUUAUUCUUUGAAAUGUAAUAAUAAAACAGACGGAAAAUACCUGAUUCUUUCUCUGGUAUAAUCUGCUUCUUUUAUCGGACGGCGAAAAACAGCAAAACUUUGCCUCGCACGCCGCGAAAAACAAUGAAAUUUGAAGUAAGACUAAAUCUAUGAACAAGUUUAAUAAAGAUUUACAUAAUCAAAACAGAAAUAUUGAAAAAAAAUGAAGAGAUUACCAUAAAAACGCGUCUCAAAUACUGAAAUUCAUUUUUCGCCAUAUAAAAAUAUAGCAGAAUGAUUUGUUUUUGCAUAAUAAGCCUCGUUUUCGUGCAGUUUAAGGCGCGGUCACUAAGUUUCGCAAUUGGUCUAUUACUAUGCUGAAAGCCAGCUUCUGCAAAUAAAAUGCCAGUGUGGCAAUGGACGAGCGAAGUUUAUUGGGAGGCGGUCAAGCAUGAAAUGCGACUAAUUGAUCAAGCGCUGACGCCAAUAUAUACAAAUUAUGGGAGCGAGAUAAUACUUGUCCGUUUUAGGGAAGCCUUACAUAUCGAUUUCGUCCAUGAGAAACGUCAUAUGUUCGUAUCUCGGGAGAUUCCCCCCCGCACCCCCCUUAGAAACGUCACACAUAGUUAUCGAUAUUUUGUUCAAUCUAGUACACAUCUAGUACUAUUUUCUACGGUCGGCUAUUGGCGAUGCUUCCGCGAGGAAUAUGUCAUCUUCUGCUGACAUAUCUUUUUUUAUUAAUAUAUAUGAACUUCAAAAUUUCCAACGUUUCUCAAAACAACUUUUUUGCAUGAAAUAUUGAUAAUUUUAGCGCGGUUUUCUUGAAAUUUGAGUGUUUUCAAUGCAAGGAAGGCGUAAUAAUAUAAAUGUAUACGUGUAGAACAGGUAUGGUAUUACAAGUGUAUAGAAUGUAUGUUUGUAUCAAGUUGUUUUCUUUUUUAUACUCUGCAAAGAUGAUUUUGAAAUGUUAACUAAGGCUUUCGAAAAAACUAUCGAAUUUUCCCAUGAUAUUUACAGAGAAACGUCACAGCUGCAAACUCCCACACCCCCAAACGAACAUAUGACGUUUCUCGUGGAAAAAUCGAUAUGUGAGGCUUCUCUUAUAGUUCGUUACAAAACUAAUUUGUGGAGCAAAAAGAUGUUUCCUGGGUUAUAAAAGCUAUAUUGCAAGGACACAACAGAUCAAGAACAAAUUUCAGGGGCGGACAUAUCGAUAUUGUCUGGGAGGGUGUAAUCACGAAAUGAGACCGACUCACCACUGAAAUGUGAAUCCAGACCGACUCUUGGUGAGUUGGUGUGUUGCAAUAAAAUUGAGUACAAAGCAUGGAAAUUGAUGGCAUUUAUUAGGAAUUUUGCAAGAACACGUACAGUUUGCUGUGAAACGUCAUAUUUUUAUUAAGUGUCCACGCUUAAUCGAUCGAUCGUGUCUGUUAGAUCGCGCUCACACGCAAAGAGUCAAGAGUUCACUGAGGCGUUCCUAGCUGGUUCAUUACUGAACGCAUAACAGUUUUCGUUGAUUUCAGCUUUGAAUGAGCUGCGCCCGGCGGAUGCGGAUGUUACAGGAACUGUCAAGCGCGUAACUAUAGGAUUUUUGAUUGACCGAGACACUUCUGGGGGGUCUGGGGAAAGAAAAUGUUUGAUUCUCUAAGGCUUAGAAACGCUAUUUUCUGCAUUCUGGGAGCAGAUCAAACAAAAUUUCAUAAACAGUGACACAAUGAUUAUAAUUUUAUACUGUAGUUAUCCCCCAAUCCUGAGGCUAAGAAUUACAUUUUUGGUCGAACAUCAUUGAUCAGGUGCAUAAUAAAAAAGUGUUUGUGCUCAAUUGUUGUAAUAUUUGGGCGCUGGCCCGCACUUUUGUUAUUGGGGUACUUGUGCAUCCAUACAGCCUCCCAUUUCUUAUGUCACUGUAGGGCAAGAAUAAUGCUUCUUUACAUAGAGAGAACUAUACAGUCUGUCAUUGAACUUGAACUCGCUUGACUCAUAUACCUAGUUAUGGGCCUGACUGUAAGCAACAAUUGGAAACAUCGCCUAGUCAGUGGAAACAAUUUUUCGCUCCGUGAUUUCAGAUAAACCAGUGCGUCGUUCACUGAUCGAAUUUCUUGAUUGCAGUAGACACAUAAAACUCUUUGGUAACAAAAUGCAUAUGCAUAUCGUGUUACAUGUGAACAUACUUCCUAAUAUAACUCGGCUAGAAAUUCGUUUUUGCACUUCACAUCUUAAAAAUAUAGUUUAGGGGACCGGAGAAAUAUUGUAACUAAUGUUAGCUAUAUUUUGAUCGAGAUUCAUCUCAUUUUGGAGUCUGAUUUUGGGGGUUUGAAAUUUUCGCUAAUAUAGAAUGUCACCCGUGAACGACCUUGUAGAACCUAAAUUCCAAAUAAAAGUGCCAACACGUAAUCGCGACAUAUAGAUAUCUCCAUGUUUGGAAAGUAAAUGGAAACUUCAUUCCUUUGCGCGUGUUUUGAAUGAUAAUCCGUUCAUAAACUCGCGAAAUAAGUACGUAAUAUUUCUUCAUAUUCUGAGCUGUUUGAUCCGUUUGAGCAAAUUUCCAACUCGAUACUCAGUAGUCUGAGUCUAUCUCGAGUUUCGAAAAUAUUUAAUUUGCUUCACAAAGCACUGAAUGUAAACAAACGCAUAAUUUUGAGACCGACUGCACCUAGUUUGAGACCGACUGGAUCAUUUCUCUGGGGGGUGAACCCCCCUCACCCCCCACAUUUACGCCCCUGAGAACAAUUUACAUGUUUAAAACAUAGGUAACGACGUGGGUAUGCUAUAAGCCGUCAACGACAACAUUAGUCACGCUCUGAAUCGAAACUAGUAUUUCUUCUGUGUUGAUAUUUGCUAAAUAUAUAGUUAUAUGUUUUACUUAGCGUAGAAAAAUAAGUUUAAAAAUAUGAUAAAGCGUGAGGAAAUUAGCCGAUGAGUUAGUUUCUACAACGCUCGUAAAUAGUACGGUAUUAAUUAGCCUAUCAAGGAGAAGCACAUUCGUGCACGAAACAUCAACACAAUGAUGUAUAAUACAUGAAUAUAUAAUAUGUAUCAUCUUUAAUCUAUGAAGCUGAUGGCCUUGAAGGGGAGAUAGGUUCUGCACUUCUGCAGGCAUGCGAUGGUUGGCCACUCCCCAAAUUCAGUGAGUAGGGGGACAAUUCACCAGUUAGGUUUAGGGGAUCUAGGGGUCAGGGGUUGUGCGAUGCCAUCACAUUAUAGAUUUAUCUUGACUGUGUGCGUUGAUGCCAUGCGAAAAUUUAUGAUGUGCUGACUCAAACAAUGAGAAUUGGGUCGUUUGUUACGUGGAACUGUGAUUAUAAUAGUCGUUUAAUAUUACACGAAAAGUCAUGAAUCAUGAUGUGCUUUCUCUACCAAUGAGCAGGCCAGUUUCUACGCGUUUCGACGAAUAGAUCGUUUGUUUAAUGAAGCUAUAUGUUCGUUUUCGUUGAACUAAUGGAAAGAAAACUUUUCUCGAACAAAGGAAUUCAGAAAAGGAUUAUUUUGAGAAACUUGUCUUUCAAAGGCCAUAAAUCGCUAGAAUGGAAAUCAAUUUUGAAAUCUAUUUUCUAUCCAUAAAUACAACGUUUUACGCUGAUUCGAACAGUGGUACUUUUGGUCCUUGUUUGGCGCAUAAAACCAGAGAUAAAGCCCAGCAAACAGUCAGUCCUAAGUGUCCAUGCAAGAUUAAUUAAUUUUCCCGCAAAAAUGAAUAAAUUCACUAGGCGAUUAAGGAAGCGUAUUGAUCCGAACGAACAAACAAACAAACAAACAAACAAACAAACAAACAAACAAACAAACAAACAAACAAACAAACAAACGAACGAACGAACGAACGAACGAACGAACGAACGAACGAACGAACGAACGAACGAACGAACGAACGAACGAACGAACGAACGAACGAUCAGAUCGAACGAACGAACGAACGAACGAACGAACGAACGAACGAACGAACGAACGAACGAACGAACGAACGGACGGACGGACGGACGGACGGACGGACGGACGGACGGACGGACGGACGGACGAACGAACUAACGAACGAACAAAUUUUGUGACAACAUUCUGUUUCUCAAUUUACAGAUAUCGGCGAGUGCACUGUAGGGACACACAACUGUCAUGUCAACGCAAAUUGCAUAAACACAAGAGGAUCUUUUGUGUGUACUUGUGAGACUGGUUAUGAAGGAAAUGGUGUCACUUGCAUAGGUAUGGCUGCUUUGCCAAUUCUAUUUAUAAUAAGUGGGAAGUAAAGAAAGAAAGAAGUAUACAGGUCACAGCUUUUAGCGUUGUUAAUUUGAAGCGGCAAAUUUACCUUAUGGUAUAUACCAUUUUCUGCAGUAGAACAUUACUAGUCAACGGAUUACCAAAGAGGAAAAAAUUUCCCGCGUGAAUCAAACAUUUUAUUUUCCGAAUUACUUUGAUAACAUAGAAAAGUUGUGCUUGACAUAGGUAUUGUGAAAGGAUAAAAGCAGUAUAUAUGUGUUCGUAACAUAUACAGAAUACUGAAGAUAUACCCAGCUAUUACAUUCAGUUAAUUUGCUUUAAUUUAUUAAUAUAUUAUUUUCUAUGUAGAUAUUAAUGAAUGUACGCGUGGAACACACAACUGUCCAGGUUUCUCAACUUGUCUUAAUACACCAGGAUCAUUCAUUUGCCAGUGUGGGAAUGGCUUAAGACUCGUUAACGGCACUUGUGUAGGUAAGAAACAGGAAUUAUGCAAUACUAAUGACUAUAUGCAGUAUGUGGUAGUAAGGCUAUAUGCUUAGGCUAAAGUGUCGCCACAAAAUAUUUAGUCUGAAAAAUUUCACUAUACACAUGUAGUCAGCAAAAUGUAGGAAAUUUGUAGUACUUUCAGGUAUAUAGCUAUGUGGUACUUAUUUAAUCUAAAUUGUUCCUGGUUUUAUUUUGAAGAUAUUGACGAAUGCAACUCUGGAUUACAUAAUUGUCACGCGUUUGCCGCAUGUUCCAACACCUUUGGAGGAUUUACUUGCCAGUGUAGAACAGGAUAUGCGGGAAACGGAACUUUCUGUCGAGGUGAGGUGGGAUGUGGGGCAAUUUGAAGAUACAUGUUAUAACAACAAAAGGAUUAUUUGAUACCUGAAAUAUUGAGUUUCUAUAUGCAUAUUCACUUGUUAAUGAACAUCAUAUAGUAUACUAUAUGAUUCUACUAAUAAAUAAUAGUGUAUUAGUGUUUGAUAAACAUUGGCAAAAAUUACCGUCAAUAAUUUCAUUUUCGCCGGUAUUAUCGGUGGAAAUUGCCUUUUGCAAAUGGCGGGAACUGCGAGGAUUGUAAUUAUGUAGCUAGCAUUUGUUGUUAAUGUUGUUCUUAUUGGUUAUUUUAUGAUGAUGGUUUGUUAUUUUUGUUGUUUUGCCGAUGUUUCUGUUCUCUUCAGUUGUCCUGUUUAUAUUGCUGGUUUUGCUUUUGGUGAUGGUGGUGUUGUCAUAUAUGCACAUGUAUAAUGAACAUUUUUUUGUCAUGUUUCAUAUUAGACAUCGAUGAAUGUGCAGCCAAUACUGAUAACUGCCAUGUUAAGGCAACUUGCACGAAUACGAUUGGUAGCUACACGUGUCAAUGUAUCACGGGUUAUGAAGGGAAUGGCACCCAUUGUGUUGGUAAGUUAUAUAGCUUAACGUAACACGAACAAAACAGAACAGAAUAGAACAGAAUAGAUCUAGGUUUUUCUCGGUAAAUGACGGCUAAACACUGUAAUAUUUACCAAUCACAUAACUAUAGACGCGUAUUUGAUGUGCUGGCAAGGGAUGAAACACAAAACUACAUUUACCUUUACAAAAACUCUUAUUCUUAAUGGACAUUCUUAGACUACAAAGUACAAUCUAACAGUCAACUUUAUUUUACUGAUGAAAAACACAUGCAUGUAUAGUUCACUUCAAUCUGCACAUUCAAAGGUUCAGGGGAAUUCGGAUCGCUAUAUCAAAAUUAGCACGGUUCGUACUUCUGUUACAUGCGUGUUUAAAGGUUGUUUUGAAUAUAUGCUGUGUUCCAAUAUUCCCAGUCAGAGUUUUCGGACAAAAUCCAAAAUUUUCCAUGAUCCUUAUACUUCCAAACCUGUCUACAGCUGUAUAUAAAUUCUCGCAAAAUUUAUGUCUGAACAUGCUUAUAUGCAUUCCUUAGAUAUUAUUUAUGCAAUAUUUGGUUAACCUUCUGCAUAUUCCCAGGGUGUCUUAUAGUGCAUCUGCCAAAAUUAAUGACCAGAAAAAUGAAUUACGUUAUUAUUCUUUACAUAUAGUGCGAAAGUUGAGCUAUGUGUGAAAAGAAUACUGAAAUUUUGUGAUGAUCAUUAUUGUAUCCAUAAAAGUGUUAUGCAUUUCUUUUUAGACAUUAAUGAGUGUAUACGACGUACAGACAACUGCCAUGCCAACGCCUUAUGUACCAACACUGACGGAUCAUUCCUGUGUACUUGCUUAACAGGAUAUGCUGGAAACGGAGUUAUUUGUGUUGGUAUGGAACCUUAAAUUAAUAAUAUGAACCAUUCUUUGAAAUCUGAAACCAAAUGAACUAUUUUCAAUGUAUAGAUAUUGAUGAGUGUACAACAAAUACACACAAUUGUCAUAGCAACGCACAAUGUUCCAACACACAAGGCUCCUUCAGGUGCACCUGUAAUCCUGGCUACACUGGAUCAGGAACAAACUGUGUUGGUAUGUGUCAUUACUAUAUAUUUGUUUAGUAAAUAGAGCAAGAUCUAGGUUAACCUAAAGAUAGUUUAUGUAUAUUCAUGUAAGUUUUUAAAUUAACUCAUUUAUCUUAUUGGAUAAGCCAUAAAGUGAUAACGUUCUGGGCAAACGCUAUUAAAUAGAUAUGCUUAACAUUUAUUUUAUUGUUUAUUUUAUUAUUAAUUUAAUUAUAAUUUAUUGAUCUAUUUACUUACAAACAUUUAAACAAAGAGGUAAUUUUUGUGAUAAUUAUAUUACUGAUUUAAAACUGGUCAUACAGAGCAUGUGGCUAGAAUAUUGUAUAAAUAUUGCAGUGUUAUAUAUAAUAAUACAUUCAUUCUUACUGUAGAUAUUAACGAAUGCAACCUGAAUAUUGAUGAUUGUCAUCAAUUUGCGACAUGUAGCAACACUCAGGGUUCAUUUGAAUGUCGAUGUAAUGUAGGAUACGAAGGAGAUGGCGUCAACUGUCGAGGUAUUCAUUGUUUAAUUAAGAGUUUCGGUCGAGAACUGUUUUCAUUUCAUAGAUAUUCAUUGUUUGUCAUUGGAUUUUCUCUUGAAAACGAAGUGUAUGGGCUUGACUUGUUAUUGUCGUAUCUCAACGCAAACUCGCGCAAUCCGUGUUCGGCCGAAUGUAGUUAUUCUUCUUUUUAUUAUGCUUAUUUUAUUAAUAACUUUCACUUAUGUCAAUCAUGCGUACCUGGGGAUUUACCAUAAAGUUAGCUUAACAUCAAGCGUGGACAUGCAUGCAUGCAUGCUAAUGAAUGGAAUGAAAAAUGCUAGAGUUUUGAUUCCCUUGUAUUUGAACAUACUUGAAUACUUCACUUCUUACAAAUCAGUAAGUGAUGCCAGCUGUCAUCAUAUAAAUAGCAACCAUGCGCUUUUGGUGUUUCCACUUGGUCUGACGACGCAAGACGCUACUCCCAUUUUAUCAAUAAAUUCGUGAGUUAAAGUUCCCUGAUUGCAUUUUAAUUGUUUUAAUUUAUCUGAUUGAUCAUCUGUGACACAUUAUCACUUAGAUGUCGAUGACUGCUUAAAUGAUCUUGACGACUGUGCUGGGGGUAUUGCAACGUGUACUAAUACUCAAGGAUCAUAUACCUGUGCUUGUAACACUGGAUACACUGGAAAUGGACGUCAGUGUGUUGGUAGGUCAUUUUCCUCGAUACUUCUUAAAAUGUUUUUAUUCUUAUACAGUAUUUUUUGUUUUCUCUAUAGAGUUCUGCUUAAAAUUGGAAUUUAUUUACCUUCAGGGUUAAGUCGCCAACAUCCUGAUGUAGCAACUUGUAAAAAUCUACCUAUCAGGCUAACAUCCAUCACGCGUUUUUAGCCAUGCUAUUUUACCUCAGCUUAAUGUGACUGGUCAGCAAUAUGGCAGUGGCAUGAUUUCAUUCUGUGCUUGUAUAAAACAAAUUUUAGAUGUCCAUUUGGAUUGUGCAUGAACAAAAAAGAUGCAAAGAUCCUACAUAAUUUCUCACAAUCCCUUUAUAUCUCAUUGGGAUAACCUGUGGUUAAAUUAUAUUGCUGUUCUUGCAUAGAUAUCAAUGAAUGUACAGCUGGAACUCACAAUUGUCACCCCACGUUGGCAACAUGUACUAACACACCUGGAUCUUUCACGUGUCAAUGUAUAGCAGGUUUCAAUGGAGACGGGGUUACCUGUACCGGUAAGUGGAUCAUCAGUGUAUACAUCAGUGAAAUUGCGUUAUGUUUUAGAUUGAAGCUAUCGUGAAAUGCAACAAAGUUUAAUGUUCUGCCUCUGGCAAACGCUUAAAAUCAAAGCUAUAAAUUGUGUUUAGUUCAUGGCCAUUGUGGAAUCAGGAAUCUGAGCUAGAAAUAAAUGAAAAAUUUAAAAAUUAAAAAUAAAUAAAAAAUUUUAAAUUGGGUUUUUAUGAGAACAUAAGAGAGACGGUCGUUUGUUUGCAACGAAUUCAAUGAAUACGGUUAAGAGUACUUGUAAAGCCAGAAUCAGAAAAUUAUCUGAGAAAAUCCACUUUUUCAUUCUUCCUUGCCCGAUUUAAUAUUAUGCAUUGCACCAAAAUUGGGACAUAGAAUAUCAAUUAUUGCGAAUAACUGAUUUUGGUGCCAAAGUUAUGUUUCGCUUAUGAUGCUUUCAGGGUUAGGGACAUGAUUAAAGAUAAAUAUAUUCGUGCGCGAAAGAUAACGAUGCAACUUCACUUUAAACCUGAAUGUAUAGCAGACUCAACAUAUCUUUCUUCUAAUUGAAAUUACUUAUGUUUUAUUAUACUUCGUUAUAAUUCUUUCCAGAUAUUGGAGAAUGCACAAGUAACCCUUGCCAUGCAAAUGCAUUCUGUACAAAUACAGUUGGUGGUUUUACCUGUACCUGCAACACUGGGUACAGUGGCAACGGUUUAGCAACGUGUAACGGUAAGCCUAGUGUUGAUUUAUUACAAGAACUUCAAUCUGUAUGUAAAGUCCGAGUACACUUAAAUGUUUGCAUUUAAAUUAGGGAACCCAUUGUACCUUGCUACGAUGGGGAUGCAUGGGGUAAUGGGGAGAGGUUUCUGUUCAAAAUUAGAUACUGUUUUAUGUCUAUAUUUCAUUGGCGUUUUAUUGCCACCCUAUAUAAGCAAAUCAAAUGACAUUUUAUAAGGCAACCAUGCUCAAUAUGCAGCUAGGUAUAAGUAUUGACUUAUCGUGUCACGUGUUCAUCUUGUAUAGAUAUCAAUGAAUGCAAUGAUGAUCCAUGUCAUCAAUUCGCCACGUGUACAAACACUCCUGCUGGUUCAUACACGUGUACUUGUAAUACUGGUUUCGCUGGCAAUGGAACUCACUGUCAAGGUAAUCAAUUAUGUCUGUAGUCAAUCUUCUCUGUCUGUCUGUCUGUCUGUCUGUCUGUCUGUCUGUCUGUCUGUCUGUCUGUCUGUCUGUCUGUCUGUCUGUCUGUUUGUUUGUUUGUUUGUUUGUUUAUAUAAUGAAUUUAUGUAACCUUUCCUCGUUUUUCCGGACUGCGUGCAUGUGUAAAAAAUCCAUUUUUUUCUAUUUCUUAUAGAUAUAAAUGAAUGUUUGAAUCCGAACACAUGUCAUAAUUCUGCAACAUGUACCAAUACUGUUGGAUCAUUUACAUGUCAAUGUAAUUCUGGAUAUUCUGGCGAUGGAUUCAGUUGUGUCGGUAAGUAUUAUGAAAAUUGAGUUCCAAUAUAAACUUCAACACGCGUAACUUCUUGAGCAAUUCGAUAUUAUCGGAAAGGGAGUUUAUGAUUAUAUAGCUGUAACUAAGAACACACUGCCAUAAUUAAUAGUUGACUUGUAUAGUUUAAUCUUUGGCAAAGCUAAGAAAUAAAUAAUAAUAAAAUAAACCGCUCAAAGAAAAAUACCGUAUGGGUACAGAAUUACGUUUUUUAAGCAAAAACUCUUCAUGCUUUAUUGUAAAGAGUAUUAUAGACUGAAAUGCAUAAUGGCAUUCUUUUAGUCAAAGGGGGUUGUAAUUUAGUUUUUGUUUAUUCAUUUCUUCGGUGCAGUACACAGUUGAAUAAAUGUGUGUGACUCUGACCACUGACGACGAGGCGUAGCCAUGUCAACCACUAUAGUACCUGCAAGUUCACUUAUACAUCUCAAACUCAUUAAUAAUUUACGAGUAACUUAGCCAACCAUAUUGCUUUAUUUUGCUCACAUGAUAAUACUGGAUACCUGAUGAAAUAGAUUUUACCUGUCCUAGGACUGGAUCAAAAUUAAUUCAAUCCUUGGACUGGAUCAGAAGUAAUUAAGUAGUGAUUUAUUCGUAUGAGAUCAUUGAGAUGUCAUUUCAAAUCCUCCAAUUCGGACUGGACAAGGACUGGACUAGAUUUGUCACAUUUUGAUCCAGUCCUCGGCUUCGCCUGAUCAAGUUGCGCGGACUUGCAAUCCAGCCUUCAUGGUCGGAUUUGAAAUAUUACUUAAAAUUUACAAGAAAUUUAGAAUAUAUAAUUAAUUUCAUCGUCAACAGAUAUCAACGAAUGUUUGACCAAUCCUUGUGAUCCAAAUGCUGCGUGUGGGAAUACUCCUGGUUCAUUCACGUGCACUUGUAACUCUGGCUAUGCUGGAAAUGGACUUACUUGUUUGAGUAAGUAGCAAAUCACAACUCGUAAAAAUACUUGUAGACCAUGUGUAUAUAACUUUAUAAAUACUAAUUAAUUGAAUAAUAACUUUUGAAAGGUCCUCUUUAGCUGCGAACGUAGCUGAUCUUGACAGGAUGAACAGUAGUUACACUAUAAGAGUUACUACUGACAACUAUUGAUUUCUUGACGGGAACUCAUUGUGCAUGGGAACUAGCACAGAAGCUGAAUUCCAAUCUUUGGCUACGGCAUAUCUGGCUCAUUGAACUAUGCGCUCUUGGUAGAUUUAAGAGUCUUAGUUAAGAUAUACAUAUAGGAUAAACAAUAUAGUAGUUAGGAAAGUAAUGUCACAGUUGUAAAGGUAAAUUAGUCUUGUCUAACUAUAGGUAAUAUUAGUCAGCGCAAUAUCUUGUGCAAUGUGUCAUGACAAGUGAGCUGAAUAAUGUGAAUGUAAGUUCUCUUUCCCGAAUCAGGCAGAAUCAUGGCCACAGUUAAUUAAUGCGGAGAGAUUUUAAUGUUGUCCAGGAAAUUGAAAACUUUGGAAAUAUAUUAAAUUUGAAAAUAAAUUGUAAGCCUGGUAAAUACUUAAAACAUUAAGUGCAUUAUUUUAAUGUAAAAACAUUAUUUUAAUUAGAAUUAGUGCUUUCUGAUGAUAGUGAUACUUCAUGAAAAAUGAUGUAGGUUAAUGUCAGAAUUGACAUGAGUUUGUUAUAAUUUCAGAUAUCAAUGAAUGUGUAACGUUGAGUCCUUGUAGUCCAGAUGCAACUUGCCAAGACACCCCUGGUUCAUUUACAUGUACCUGUAACGUUGGUUUCACUGGAAAUGGACUUACUUGUUCUGGUAAGUUGUUGUUUUGUUUCACAUGCGAAGAAAUUGACGAAUAAGGAACAGCGGUAAUCCCCAGUUAGUCAGAAGAUAUUUACUCGGGGCUUAAGGAGAUUUUAAUGUUGGAGAGAAGAGCUUCAUAGAGAGAAAAGUUUAUUUGUUUGGUUGAAAUGCAGUAAAGUGCACGAGUGACGUAAUCUUGAAGGUCUGUGCCAGUGUUAUAGUAGCGAUGUCAAAAGGCAGCUGCGUGAGAAUUGAGAGGGUUACAAUUUGAUCACAACUUCGACGUUUCGAGCGAAGGCUCUUCUUCAGGAAGUUAGAGUGUUGAUCGGGAAAAUUACAUGUGCUUUUAUACUAGGCAAUAUAAAAGUGAUCACGUCACAAUAAAUAUCACCUUAUUCCAGACUUGUUUCAUAUAUCAUUUGCAGUUUUCCGUAUAUUUGUAUUAAUAUAUUUUGUAAUGUAAUUUAAAUAUUUGUCUACAGUUUGUUUGGACUAAAUUCAUCUGAUUGUUUUUUUUGUCACGUGCAGCAUGAUCGCUUUCAUAUUUAGUAGUUUACUAGUAUAAAAGCUCAUGGUAUUUUUCCUAUCCAUGCUACUAACUUCUCAACGAAGCGUCUUCGCUCGAAACAUCGAAGUUCUGCUUAUAGUUUUCAGGUAGUUGUAUCUCUCUCAAUUUGCUGCAGUAACAAUGAACUGUUUCAGGGCAUUUAAUAAAAAAAAUCAAUACCGCUUGUUUUUCUUUCAUGCAAGGAAAUGUUUAUGGAAGACCCCUGUCUUAAUACAGGGUUCAUAGUAUGAAGUGUUUUUAAGUUGUAAUUACAAAUUACUUUUAGUUUUUGUUGGAAGUGUUCACUAUUUUAUCUUUACAUUUCACUUUCUUUUUAGAUAUCAAUGAAUGUCUUACUACUCCUUGUGACACAAAUGCUCAAUGUACAAACACGCGUGGCUCUUUCUUGUGUCAAUGUAACUCUGGAUUUGCGGGGAAUGGAUUCACUUGCGUCAGUAAGUCAACAUUUUCCAUUUGUAUCUUCAUGCAGAGAUGCCACGCAACCACGCUUGUUCGCCAUUCUUUGUUUGCAAACCGGGCGAGAAAAGCGUAAUAAGAGGCGGCCAGAGUGAUUUAAUUAACUUAAGAUACAAUAGCUAACAAUUUUUCACCGACACUGAACGGUGCAAGGAUAUUCACCAGGACGCGAAGCGUUAGAUUCACCGACACUGACGUCACUUUUAGCAUAUACCAUAACAAAACAAAAAUGACAAUAAGAAAAGAAUAAUGAGCAAAAAACAACGAAAAUAGUGUGAAAACAAUUUGUAUUGUUGAAAACAAAACAGUAUUUACUAAUUUUAGUAAUUUUAGUAAUUAGAAACAGUAAAAAUUACUUCCACACAAACAAAACUUUGAGGCUUUCUUUGUGCUUAGCGGAACCACAGUUUCGUUUACAGUAAAGCUAAAUAUUUGCUCGUCUAUGACCGGAACGAAACAUGAAGCAUUUUAUUUUGCCCCAGAGGUGAAUAGUGCAUCCGGAGAUAAGCAACCAAUCAAAUUGCGUUAGAUACUCAGGUAUUUGUCCAUGGGGGGUUGCUAUCAAUCCCUUGAGAGACAAAACCAGUGGCGGCCAUGUUGGAUAAAACACGCUUUAGGCUAAUUAAAAUACCUGCUAAUGGGAUUAUGGUAUCAAAGUUCCUCCAACAUGGCCUGCAUGACGUCACGUGCAAUCCAAGAAUAGGUACAGUCUAGUAUAAAAGCUAGUGCCUGUCAAACGUGAUUUAUUACGUUUCUCAGGUCUUGAAGUGAAUGCCACCAUUACAGCGUGUGAUUUUGUCUUUUCGCUCAUCUAUUGACUUGUUGUAUUAAUCAAAUAUUCAUGAUUAAAUAUUCAUUGACAGUUGACCAGUUGUUUUUGUUUUUAUACAUCUUUCUUAUAUAAUUAAACAUGGGUGAAAGGGGGACAGACAUCAUUAUAAAGUACUCAAUCGAAAUUGUAUUAAAAUUUGUUGCUGCGAUUUCAUUUGUGUAGAUAUAAAUGAAUGCAGGAAUAAUCCAUGUCACGCUCAAGCAACUUGCACGGAUACGAUUGGCUCUUACACUUGUACAUGUAACCAAGGAUAUUCUGGAAAUGGUUUCAACUGUGCGGGUAAGCAAAUGCAUCAAUCCUUUUUUGAGGUUAUCAUGAUUAUUGAGAUGAUGAAAACUCCCAUAGUCAAUCAAGAUGUAUGAUCUGGAAUCUCGGUCUUUGUUCUAUCUUUUUAUUCAUGUUUGUGGAAACUUGUGUACGCUAAAAGCAUUUUUGGUAUAAUGAAAAAAGAUAAGAUAAUUAUUGCAUAAUAUAAAUCACGAGUAACUAUCACAAGUCAUUUGACAUGGGAAUGACAAUCGCUAUCUAGCACAAGACUGUUGUGAAACUUUACUUAUUUCUUGCUUAAAUUUUUAGAUAUAAAUGAAUGUACCACAUCUAACCCAUGCCAUGUUCGAGCUACCUGUACAAACACACAAGGAUCAUAUUUCUGCACUUGCAAUGAUGGUUUCUCUGGGGAUGGCAGUCUUGUCUGUGACGGUGAAUUAUCAUUCAUGUUUUAUCUAAACCAAAAGCUUGUUAUAUUAAUUGACACGCGAUAAAUCUACUUAUUAAACUUUACCCCAAAAAUGUUCGGAUUAUAAAAGAAACUGGAGUUCAUUAUUUCUUCUACUGAGUAGUGGUUCAUAUCAAGUUGUCGAGAGUGUUACAUUUUUAAAAGAAUUUGCAAUGUAAAAUUGAGCAAUGUGCAGUUCUACUUCAAUAUAGUUUUUAUGGUGUACAAGAUUGUACAAUAUCAAUAAGGAGGAAUUUCCGUCUUUCUCAUUGUAGAUAUAAACGAAUGUUUGGCUAACCCUUGCAGCGUUCACGCUACCUGUACCAAUACAUUUGGAUCAUAUCUAUGUGCUUGUAGAUCUGGCUUCACUGGAAAUGGAUUCUUUUGCUCAGGUCUGUAAUCAUUUAUUUGCAUUUAAAAAAAAUUGUUAUCGUUAAUUGCGACAAUUGUGAAGAACGGUCUCGGUGCUAUUCAACUACUUUGUCAAAUCUUUAUAAAAUCAGAUGUUAUGUUAUGUUUAGGCAGAUACUAACGGUAAUUUGGCUAUUCAGUGAUCUUUACUGAUAUGUAUAUUAAGUUUACAUGCAGAACACCCUUUUUGGCGUUUUGCGGAAAAUUGCUACUGCGCGCUCAAUAUCAGUCCGAUUUUCAUCAAAUUUUCACCAAAUGUUCUCCAGUUCAUGCACAAUAUAGCAAAGUUGUAAAAUUGCCAAACAAUAAAAUAAUGUAAGAAUUAUUCAGGAAAAUCUUAAAUCGCCGUACCUUUACGCUUUUGAGUUGUGUUCCUUUUGGUUUUAAGAUAUAUUUAUGAAAAUAUCAUUUUUAUACAGUAAAAUAGUUGUUCUAAAAGAUUGUGUUCGGAAAUUUUUAUUUAUUUCGUCAUAUAUUCCGCUGAUUUGGCGAUUUCUUUGACGACUGCAAUAUAUUUCUGAAUCGUUUGUGUGAUUCACUCUUUAUAAAAUAUCCAAAAUUAGAAAAAAGCCGAGCACGAUUUUGAAACUGACGUCUUUAGCUAUAUGUCCUGUGAAAAUUUGAGAAAAAUUCAUUAAAACCCGCAGGAGAAUAACUCGUUUGAAAAUCGGUAAUUGCCGUAAAAUUCUUCGGGAGAAAAUUGAAUUUGCAUAUUACAUUUUCAAUCUUUUACUUAUUGCAGCGAAAUGUAUUUUAUUAAAUAACUCUAUCGGCAGUUUUCAACAUUUUUCGUUCAAACUUGGUCAGAUAGUAGAACUAGUCUAAUGCUUUCAUGGAAACCACUAAAAAAAUUUUAGGCAAAAUUGGCACUCAAAGGUGUUCUGUAACCUUAAUUCAUUCUAAUGAAGAUAAUAUUUAAAUUACAGAUCUUUUCUUUAGACAUUAAUGAAUGUGCACAGAGCCCGUGCGCUGCUGGUCGAGCUACUUGCGAAAAUACUAUUGGUUCAUUCAAUUGUACCUGUAACACUGGUUACACUGGAAACGGAAGGGUUUGUGCCAGUAAGUAGUGGCACACUUUCUAUGUUUAUUGUAUAUUUUUAUAAUUUAUUGAAAAAUGUCUUGAAAUCUUAGCCUCCACCCUGAUUAAUAUUCAUAUGAUUAAAUGAAUGGAAAUAUGAACAAAACCAUCCAAUCUGCCGAGAAGAGAAAGUAAACUAAGCUAAAUAUUGCAAAGUUUAGCAGUAUCUGCAGUCUAAAACUACACUAACUAAACUCAGCUUGUUAAUUUUAAGAAUCAGAUGGUGGUAAACCAUUGGUUUAAGUCUGACCAGGUGCAUGGUUCUACAGGUUGUCUCAAAAAAACGCAACGGACAUUCAACAGGCUGUCGUGCGUCAUAAACUUAAUUAAGCUAAGCAAUUCAAUGUUUACAUCAGACGAAAGAGCUGUUAUUUAGCUUUUCUAUGAUACCUAUUUUAAAUCGUAACGAUGAGAAAUUGUCACAUACUCGUCAAAUAAAAAUUCCCGGUCGAAAUCACAUUCUUCCACUUUUAGGAAUUGAAAAUACAUUAAUUAUAAAGUUAAUCAAUCCAAAAGCAACGCGAGUCUGCUGCAAGCUAUUUGUUUCGUAAAACGUUUUGAUUACGAAUGUUCUCUGUUCAGGGUUUAAUUGAACCAUGUUUAACUUAACUGUGCUAUAAGACGAAGAUUAACGAGUUGAGCUCAUUUUAGAUAAUUAACAUUCAAUUUUAUUUCCCUCUUGGGAAUUCCUCCUCCCUAUACGUUUCGUUUUCCAUGCAAUUCCCAACGGUGGAAGAAUGUGAUUUCGAUCGGCAAUUUUUAUUUGACGAGUAUGUGGCCAUUUCUCAUCGUUACGGUUUAAAAAGAGUAUCAUUGAAAAGCUAAAUAACUGUUCUUUCGUCCUAUGUAAAAAUUGAAUUGUUUAGCCACGUUUAUGAUGCACGACAGCCUGCUGAAUUUCCAUUGCGUUUUUUUGAGACAUCCUGUACAUCUUAAUUCAAAUUCUGGGUUAAAUCAACGCACAUUCCUGGUUGUAGACCUUUUCAACGAUAAAUAAAAUAACAAUACUCAACAGUGGAUAUUAGAUGCAUGAGGACGACCCUUCCCCAAUAUUUUCCUAAAAUCUCUCCUAAUAUUUUCUUAAAAUCUCUAUGCGAUAUAAUUCACGAACUAAAUAGCUAAAUCCUGUUUCAAACGUCGCGCUUCUCAUGUGCCGAACGCAUUAGAAACAAUAGAUGAUGAGGCAUUUCAGCUGAUUAUCUAUUGUUUUUAAUGCGUUCGGCACAUGAGAAGCGCGACGUUUAAAACAGGCCUAAGUUGUAAGUUACAAUGCCUUUUUAACUUUAUUUAAAGCAGACAUCCUUUCAAAAGAACAAAUUAGCAUUAAAUAUGAGUUAAAAAAAGUUUGCAAACUAAUAUUUCCAGCAGUACGCUUUUGCCGCUGCAAAUAACGAAAAUAAUUAGGCAGGAAAUAAUCUUAACUCUAAUCGAGGUAUUAUAGGUUCGAAAGACUGCAAAGUUAGAGUACCAAUGACGUUUUAUUUUUUAAUGUUGUAAUGAUCAGACUCCAUAAUUUUAAUGAUCAGAACCUCUACAGGUUUUGAUUUUGAAACUAAUAUGAGCAAAGGUGAAAGUUUUGAACGAAAACAAUUUGAAUUAUUUUCUUAGAUAUAAACGAAUGUCUUACUAAUCCUUGUGAUUCCAACGCACAAUGUACAGACACGAUUGGCUCCUUCCUGUGCACUUGUAAUACAGGAUUCUUUGGUGAUGGAUUUAACUGUGCAGGUACAGUAUUUUGACAUCACAGGAUUACAACUGAUCCGACAUCUGAUCGACAUAAUACUUAAUAUACAAAAAAAUGUACAUGUAACAUAAAUGCACUUAACAGUAUAUGUGUUGCUACUCUUAUUGCUAACUGGAUGAACUAUGGUUAUAUUAAAUAAUAUUACAUGAUGAAAUAUUUUUGUAAUAUUUUUGUAUAAUAUUGUUUCAGACAUUGAUGAAUGUAAACGGGCAAGCUCAUGUCAUUCUCAGGCCACGUGCGAGAACACAAUAGGCUCGUUCAUAUGUACUUGUAAUACGGGAUAUGUUGGAAAUGGUCAACAAUGCGUCGGUAUGUUCAAUUGCAGUAAUUUACACUAGUCUGGGGGAAAUUAAAAUCCAUCAGUACUACUGUAUUUUCAUAAAGUAUAUCCAUAGACAUAUUAGUCGCAAUUACUCCUGCUAGGAUUCAUAUCAUUUCCGUAUGAAACGCUUUAAAACACAUUCCAGUGUUUUGUAAUAUGAUAAGUGUUCCAAAUAGAAAGCGUCUCGCAAAUCAGUAAAAUUGAAUUCAACGAGCAUUCUCUAUGACAUGUAGAUAUUCUAUAAUUGUCUGUUGAUCUGAACAGGAGUUUGAGAUAAAGUCGAAAAACAGCUCAAAGAUUUUGUAUUCUUUUUAGUUCAAUAUCUGGGAUUAGUUAUGGUGCAUUCUUUUUUAUUUUGGUUUGUAUAAUGUCGUCUUGUUGUUUCAGAUAUCAAUGAAUGCCCGACCCAACCAUGCAACGUUUUUGGAAGCUGUACGAACAGCCCUGGAUCAUUCCUGUGUCGUUGUAAUUCUGGCUUUGAUGGAAAUGGACUUAUAUGUAAUGGUAAGUAAUUCAAUUGAAACAACCAAUAAUUGCAAUUAAUGUUUUUCACGUACGGAUCGAAAAUUACGAAACUUUUCUCUUCAUCUAAAUUUUUACAUGGUAUAGUUAUUUGAAUUUUUCAGUACUGAUCAGAAUAAGUCCUUGGGAGAAUGCCAAGAACAAUAGACUGAGUGGAAUGUAGAACAGCGAGAAUUUUCAAAACAUUGAGCAUUUUGAUCACCUUAUCGAUGACACUUUUGUUAAAAUAUCUUUUCAUUUGCAUCAAUGUAUGUUAUAACAAAUUCAAGAGAAUAUUACCUGGCUUGCGAAUGUCAGAUGCAUGCAUAUGAGAAGAACAGUCACUUUCUAAGAUGUAAAAAUUUGAAAUCAUGGUGUAUAAGAUGAAUUAAACAUGCUCAUGAUACAUGCUUUCAUGUCCCUCUGGUUAUUGCAACAGUUUGUUGUAAAGAUUACUAAUUGUCAGCUGAGUAGACUCGUCUUGUAUUUGAGGAAUCGAAGUACUAUCGAGUUAUAGAACGUUUGCACAUGACGUCACAGUCAGUAUUCAAAAUAAUUUUAAUUAGACUCUUUUGUCUGGAACACCCACAUGGCCGCCAUUGCUUUUGUUGAGUUGGUCCCUGGGGAAUAAGUUCAAACGCUCCAUACCCUUGCUGCAAAGUCGAAAUUGGCGCCCUGUCCAAUAUCGUAUUAACUUCGAAACACUUGCACCCUUUCAAUAAAGCUAUCCAUGAAAUGUAUCUAAUCAUCAUCUAAAUAAUAUACCAUUAAAAUACUGACAAUUGAUAAAGAGGUUUCUACGGCACUGCAUGCUACUGUAAUAUUGCGUCUUCAUUUUCCGGAUAGCAAACACCUUCGUGGCUUCGUAUGCCAUGAAAUAUUCGGAAAUUUUUUUCGUCAUUCGGAAAUUUUUAGCCUACCCCAACUAUACAUGCUAGCUACGACCCUGAUGAUUAAUAAAUGCGAAAUAUAAAUUAAUAAAUUAUUAAUAUUUAAAAUUAAUUUCAGAUAUCAAUGAAUGUAGUAUAACAAGACCUUGCAACUCUCUGGCAAACUGCGUAAAUACAAUUGGUUCAUAUCAGUGCAGUUGUCAGGCAGGCUAUUCUGGAAAUGGUCUCAAUUGCGUUGGUAAGUUCAGUAUUACGGAGUUUGUACACCAUCAGCUUUUUUUCAGGAUUUCUCUCGUCUGCUUUCAUACGUCGCAUGCGAACGUACAAAUUGAAAUCGUGAAAAUUUGAGCACCGACCACAUUUCAUGUGAACGGAACCUUUUCUAUAUUUACUACUAUUCUUAUUAAGGAGUUUACGCAUAUGAGACGGCGGCGUCAGGACAACGACUAAACAAACUGUUUGAAAUAAAUGAUUGUAUGGAAAUAUUGUCUUGUAUUUACUUUCGUAGGAAUUUAAUACAGUUUCGAACGAGUAAAACAGAGCUUUAACCUUCAGAGCAAUUUUGAUCAACUCUACUAGAAAAAUUACCUGCCACGGCUUGAAAUGCUGGCGUACUUUACAAGAUGUGAAAAUAUGCAUUUUGCCGUCGUCAACUGAGCCUGGACGACGUCUGAAACCCCUGCUAUACUUUUAAUUAUUUAUUUCUUUUGUGCUAUAGGAUUAAUGACAUGGUAUUGAUAGCCGUCGUCCUGACGUUGCCGUCUUGCAUAUGUAAACUCCCUAUUAUCAAGAAAUGAAGUAUUGUAUUAUGUUGAGUGUUGGGUGCCAUUGUAGAUAGCCAAUGGUCAGGCUUCGAUCAGAUAGUUCUUUCUAUACUUUCCAGGUAGCUGGAAAUAAAGCUCACGAACAUGCGUAUUAUGUGCUUCGUGAUCGUGGAAAACUCGACAUGAUUUAAAUAUUUACGCAUGUUGCUAAAUAUUGUAAUGCUCUAUGUUAUACAGAUAUCAAUGAAUGUUUGCAAGCACCAUGUAAUCACAAUGCUAGAUGUACCAACAUACCUGGCUCAUUUGACUGUUCAUGUAAUACUGGAUAUUCAGGAAGCGGAUUGAGUUGUUCUGGUAAGAAUUAUUAAACCAUUUUGAAUGUACACACCCUGCACUAUUCACGCGCUACAAAAAUACUGUGGCUGUGACUAUAGUGAAAAGAACUGGAAUUCAUUAUUCCGCCUACUAAGUAGAGCUGCUUAUUUCAAGCUCUUCCCCAAAUGCGUGAGCUCAUUGUAAGGUCUAUUAUGGCAUACACCAUCACUUAUUAAGAUUAACGUAAUAUUUAUUAAUUGCCUUCUUAAACUGUGAUAACGAUUGGCAUUUUCUUAUAUCUUGCGGGAGACUAUUAAACAAUACAGCCCCACUAUAACAAAACUUUUUUUCAUAUAAUCUGUCCGUGGCUUGGGGACAUUUAAUCUCAUUUCAGAGUUUCUAAUAUUAUACCCAAUGCCACGAACAGAGAAAGUUCCUGCAAAUAAGGGGGGCUUUCCCAUUAAGAAUUUUAAACAUUAAAUUAGCCUUGAAUUUUUUCCUACGCAAAGAGAGAUUAUCCCAGUGCAGCACAUCAAAGAGCGCACCCGCACUGGCAUUAUAACUCGCUUGCAUAACAAUCCUUGCUGGUCUAUUCUGCAGCUUUUGUAUUUUGGAACUUAGUAUUUGACCUAGACCAUCCCAGACCGAGCAACAAUAGUCGAAAUGUGGUUUUAUCAACGCUCGGUAUAUAUGAAUGUCCGCGUCAGUUGUUACAUAUGGUCUAAUACACUUUAAAACGCCAAUUGCCGAAGCAAUUUUCUUAGAUAAAUAUGUGUUGACCAAUUUAGAUGUUUAUCAAUAUAUACCCCCAGAGAUUUGACUGAAUCGACUUUUUCAACCUCACAAUCAUUGAUUUCAACCGUUAUUCUGUCAUCCAUAGCACUCAUUCUUUGUCGAGAUCCAAUUAUGAUAAACUCUGUUUUAACAAUAUUUAGGCUUAGUUUAUUUGUGUUCAGCCAUUUGUGAAGGUUUUCCAAUUCAGAGUUUACGACACUUUGGAGCUUGUCCAUAGAAUUUGCCGCGUAACUAGUGCUUAAUAGCGAACUUAAGAUCUACGACGCGGCAGGCUUAACGACGCGCUUGCGAAAGAAAGAAAUUUGUCAUGCAAGACAAAACUGUGAAUAAUUCGUGGUCCCAGGGGUAUUCUCAACGGCGUUGUCAAGCUCAGCACAACGUUAAACUAAGCAUUAUCACGUCUUUGAAGCAACGUAAAAGCUUAUUGCGUUCAAGGUGGAAUGACCCUCAAAAUAUUUUUUUUUAUAUUUAAAACUAGAAAUAAAGUUUAAAUGGUAUAUUAUGAAAGCCCAUAGAAAAGUAUUUACAUUUAUGUGAGUUUGACAUAUGCUGUUGCCAUGGUUACCAAGAUAACAGCUCGACACGCCUUGCAGCGGACAAUUGCGCCAACGAUGAUAACUCGAAAGCAAUUUAAGAUUUGUCUACGAAACUUUGGGAAAAUAUUAAGCACUACUAGACCCAUGCAAUGAACUAAAAGAUUUUAAAUCAGAUAAGUAGUUUCUAAGUUCUGAAUGAAACAAUAUGUGUGCCUGAAAUUUAAUCAUGAUCAGCAUGAAUUUUUGCUUAUAGCACAAAAAGUAUUUGACCUAAUGACUUCAUUCUAGUUCAUUGCAUAGCUUUUGAUGAAGUAAACAUCCUCUGAAAAUUUUAGCCAAAUCUGUUAAAUUGUUUUUGAGAUAUCAUUGUUGGCAGAUUACAAACCUUGUGAAAAUCGUUUAUUGGAGAAAAUACAGUUUAAACUUUUCAUACUAUGUAAUUGGCUACCAAAAACACUUCAUGUCCCUAAAAGUCAAUAGAACUCUCCAGCACCAUACUUUACUCCCUCCCCCUGUUUGUUUUUGUCAUACUUUUGUUUUUUCAGUCCUCUCAUCACUUUACGCCUCUUUUUAACUUCGGGCGUGGAUUUGUGUUCUGCAUACGAAACUCUCAACUUGUCUUCAAGUUGACAAGCCACUUCUGUAUACUUGCCAGGAGUAAUAUCCAGUAGUUCACUGGAAAAAGUUCACUGAUUGCCUCUUUUGCAAAAUGUAGUCAGUGACUCAGGGUCUCAACAUCAAGAACUUUCCCGGUAUCCAUCGACAUAACCGUAACACACCCGUUAGAUGAUGAAUGUCCCCUUCGUUGCCAGGUACCGUCACAUCAAAUACCACAGUCUACAGGAUUUGUUCCAUCAACAUCUUCAUUUUGUUGCAAAACACACACUUCUUUUGCAGCUGCUUUCAUGCUCUUCUUAGCAACUGUCUUUGCAUGCUUAGCAAUGACACAAGAUGACUUCUUGAAAGACUUUGGUCUAGGUGGUGGUGUCAUGUUCAUGACAGAGCAAACCUUUGACGCACCAGCAUGACCAUUGCCAAUCAUUCGCAUUCCAUACACAAAUCGUCAAUUUACUUCAAAACUCUAAAUUGUUUUUCGUUUUGAAAUCCAAGACAAAUGCAUCCAUUUGCAGUGUCGGCAAGUGAGGUGGAGUUUAGAAGCACAAUCUUUACGUUUGAUACUAUUUUCUUCCAUUGUGUUGUAUACAUUCUGGGAAGCUGACAAAUAUGGAAAAAACAUUUCCAAUAAGUUCCAUAUCACAAAGCCUGAAUCCAUAAGUGCCUUGAGAACUUUUUGUUGAAGGUUUAGGGGUUCUUUUCUCACUGGAAUUCUGCCGAACACGAGGCUGAAGCUUCAUGUAGGACACUGAAAUUCCAGCUGGAAUAGCGCCCACGUUGCCCUCAUCAGCACUCAAAGAAACCUCGCUUUCCUCGUUAUUUUCUUGCAUUACUGGCUCGCCCUCUCCCUCAUAUUCAACACGAGAACGUUUAGUAUGUUGAUUGGCACAAAAUUGGCGUUUUUUACGCUUCUGUGUAGCAAAUUUUCCCAUUUUAUUUUCGCAAAAUAACUCUCGAUCACAAUGUUAGAAAGAAUGUUUCCUUUUUCGUCUGCGCGUUUCGUAGGGGGCCUGGGGAAAAGCUUAGAUUAGAGCCCAGUCUUCCCUAAAUACCCCACGCUUUUUACCGAAAAUUUUGUAAAUAAAUUCGCUUUCAUAGGCAAAAAACAAAUGGUAAACAAAUCUGUUUCCAUAGCAACGAGUGAACAUCCAGUAAAAAACCCUUAAAAUAAAUACAUUUUAGGCAUAAAAUCACGAGAAAGCAACAUAGGAGUAUAUUUUGAUAACAUAGGCAUCAUAUAAAACAAAACAAAAAAUUUUUAAUUUUUUCAAAAAUCAGUCAAACUUAGCAGUUCAUAAUGUUAUUUGAAAAAUCGUCAAACAUUUAUUACAGUAAUGAAAUUGCUUAACGCUCGUUCUUGAGCUGAAAUUCAGACCGCGUCGUUGAGCCGCCCGUGUCGUAGAUCUUAAGCUCUCUAGUGUCAUCCGGAUGGCACAAGUAAGACAAUUUGGUAAGUCAUUAAUAUAUACGAGAAAUAACAAUGGUCCCAAAUUGCUCCCCUGCGGAACACCACAGUCCACAGGUAACUGGAUUUGAACUUGACAAAUGGUCAUUUACAUGGCAUUUUUGAGUUCUAUUGGUAAGAUACGACUCAAACCAUUUAAGACUAUUCAAGUCGACUCCAUAAUUUUCCAACUUUUUUUAAAUAAUAUUAUAAUCAAUGGUGUCGAAUGCUUUCUUUAAAUCUAUGAAAACAACUCCAUUAAUCAGACCAUUGUCAAUGUUCACAGACCAGCUAUUUGUGGCUUCGCUAAUCCAUUAGAGUGCUAUGUAACGAUCGAAAUCCCGAUUGACAGGUGGUCAAAAGAUUAUGAUUAUUCAAAUAUUCGUAGAGUUGUUCAUAAACAAUUUUCUCCAAAAUUUUAGCAAUGACAGGAAUGACAGAUAUGGGGCGAUAAUUACUAGGUCUAGGAUCAUUCCUAACACCGCUUUUGUACACUGGUGAAACCCUGCUCUCUUUCCAUUCGUGCGGAAAUAUUCCCGUUUGAUAGAUGCUGUAAAUAUUGCCGUUAGGGAAGGUGCAACAACAUCAUCAGCUAUCCUAAGUAAUUUACUGGGUAUCUUAUCAAAGCCAACUGAUUUUUUUUCAUCCAUUUUUUGUCAAUAACUUAUAAACUGUAUCAACAGAGGGAGUCUUCAAAGAAAACAUGCUAUUAGUUGGCUUGAGAUCAUAAUACUCUGGGCCAUUUUCUGUUAAAACGAUGUCAGAAGCAAGAUUGCUACCAACAGUAGAGAAAUAGUUAUUGAAUGCUUCUGAUAUCUCGAUGGUGAGGUAAUAACUUGCUCUCCCAACCUAAUUUCUGAUAAUUUUUUAGUUUUGCUUGAAUGUUUUGAACUAACUUCAUUAAUUAGCUUCCAUGUCUUCCUCAUAUUGCCUUUAUGUAGCUCAAGGUUUGUGGUAAAAUAUGAUGUCUUGGCUUUUUUAAUUUCAUUAUUAACUUGAUUACGAGACUGUUUAUAUUCAUGCCAAGCAUGGGGGUCCUGUGAAGAAAUAACUUUCUUUUUCAAAUAGUCUCUUUUAAACAUUUGACGUUUCAAAUCAUUUGUAAUCCACGAGGACCUCUUUUUACCAAUACGCCUUGAUCUACAUGGGGCGUGCUUAUUAAUAGUUCCAUUAACAUGCUUUUCCAGGUAGUCCACAUCUCAUUCGGAUCUUCAGAACAAUGUACAUUAUUCCAUUGUUUUAGUUCUAAAUCUCUUAGAAAAUUCUCUCUAUUGAAGUUUUUUAAUGAUCUAACUUCGACAGUUCUGGCAUCAUUACGUUAGUAUAAUGAGCCUUCCGGACCAUAUAAACUAGUGAAUGAUCACUUAUUGAAAGAUGUACGUAGAACACCGGAAAUCACAACAUUAACUGGCGAAUUAGUAAUGCAAAGAUCUAUGAGAGUACUGGAUAUUCUACAGAUAUUCUACACUUUACAUAUGUUCUUGUAAAAAAAUUUGUUUGAAAUGUUAGUUAUCUUAAUAAAUAGUGAGUACAUUUUAAAUUGCAGGUUUGUACCAGGUCAAGUACGCGGCAAUAAAAAUUGCAGUACUAUAUUGUGGACAACUGAAAAUCUAAAAUGAUCGCACCCUGCUGUAAAUGAUUAUAAUCUGCUUAUUUGUAUACGUUUGUUUUACGUUCUCUCAACAAAAAGCGAAACGGAAUGGUAUUUUACUUUAGCAUCUCCCCGAUGCCUUUUUUCAUGAUAUACUAAAGGUUAUUUUCUUUAUCUUACAGAUAUUAAUGAAUGUCUAACCAAUCCAUGCCAUACUGAUGGUACUUGCUCCAACACUGCUGGCACUUUCCAAUGCGCCUGUAAUCAAGGAUAUUCUGGAAAUGGCUUCGUUUGUCUUAGUAUGUAUACUUUAUAUUAUAGCUUGCUACACUAACUUGAAAUAACCAGCAAGUAGGCUCUUGCGGCAAAAAUUUCGUGUUGUGGAAGAAAGUGUAGUUCAUUAUUCGUUCUACUGAGUACUUGUUCGUUUCAAGUUUCGUCCAGAUGUGAAGCAUGGGCUCAUGUGAUACAUGGGCGCAAAGCAAUUCAAUCUCGUAGUCAGAGAAUGACAAAUUGCGAACGGGAACGCUCUGUAGUCUGUUCACGAGUUGACUACAAAAUCAUGGUCUAUAAAUGUCACGGUUGUUUCUUUAAUUUACUGAUUCACUUCGGCACUUUCCAUCUAAAUGUUAUAAUAGAUCAAUUUUCAACCAUUGAAAAUAAGCAAACAAUCAAACCCCCUGAUGACUAAAUCAUCACUUAAUGGCAUUAAAGUUAUAUGUUAUGUAUUAUUUAUCAGCCAUGUUUUAAGCCUGGUUCACACUGGUUGUAAUUCGUCGGCGAUCGAUUGUAUUCUUUUCUGACAUCUGUGAAAACUCUGCUAAAACGUUCCUUUGUGGCUUUUUUUACUACUAGGGGCCGGUCAUUAUUUAUGGAAGGGGGGAGGGGAAUUUUUUCUUUCCUAAAUUUUUAAAAUUGAAAGCCCCCCCCCCUUAAAAGAGCAGAAAUUUAAUGAUGACCCCCCUACAUAUUAGAAUAUUUUUCUUUAACACCGCCCCCCUCCCUCCCCCCAUUUUCAUUUUUACUCGACAAAUGGGGAUACCCAGGCGUUAUAAUGUUAAUUAUUAAUUAAAUAAGAAUAUGGAGCUGACAAGAUAUUAACGUCGACCAAAAAUAUAUAUUAGCAGAAAAUUAUAAUUAAAAGAGGGGUAUAUUCAUAUAGCUCUAAAAUCAGGUUUCCAUUUGGUCUGGGCGAUUGUAACCAUGUUUAACGGCACGAAGUAUUGCCAUAGCAGCUGCGUAGCAAUGAGAGUAACAAUCAGUAAUAUUAGCAGCAAAAGGAGAUAGCCAUGACAAUUCUGGACAUUCUGCCAAGGCAUACCUCCGGCACCAGUCACACUGACAAGUCAGUGGAAACGAAAUAUAAUGUAUUAAUAUACCUGCCAAGUUCGGAAGAUAAAAAUCUGUGACCAUGGCCGUUGCAAGGACCACAAAAAUGUGUGACCAUGGCAGUUGCCAGGCCACAAUGCGUCUGAACGUCUUUAUUUGGUUGGUCGAUUGUUAACUCUAAUUCUACAUUUGCACACAGCGUUGCCAAUGAGUUAUUGUACAAAAAGUGGGAUAGCAUCAUAUAAUGGUAAAAAUGCGUAACUUUAAGAUCAUUUUAGUUAUGCGUGCGGGACAGCGGGAAUAAAAGCAGAAUGGAUAACUUUCACGCGAAAUGCGGGAACCUUGGCAGGUCUGUGUAUAGUGGUCUAUACAUCCUAUUUUAUGUGAGAUUAAAAAUUAUAUAAAAUAAAAUGACAUACUACCAGAUAAAAUCCUCCAGAAUAAACAUGGGUGGGUGGGUAGGGAAAAGGUAUCUAAGCGCUAAACUUGGUGCAGCUAGGCAAAGCAUACAAUGGCAGAAUGAAUACCCAGACUGAAGCACUGAUCACAAGGCGCACGUCACAGACUCCCCUCAGUGGAUGUGGCCUGCAUAAUACAUUCGCCGUUAACCUUGCCUAAAUGUAUUUAACCACGUCAAGAUAUCUCAUGAAAUAAUACAUUGUCCAUUUAUCUCUGCAAUCAGUAAAGACUGAUUUGCAUACAGCACUCAGAAGACAAGAUAAAUCCAGAUUAUUUCACAUCAGUGACCAUGAUUUAGUCAAGCAAUUACAACCAAAUGGAUACCAUGCUUAUUGAGCAAAUUCCUUCAAAUUUAAUUGCACCCCCCCCCCUUCUAGUCAUUUAUUUAUACAUAUGGCCGCCCCUCAUUUUUCCCUCCCCCCCUUCCAUAAAUAAUGACCGGUCCCUUAGACCGGAAUAAUUUACUCCUUUGCCCCCUCCGCCCCCCAAAACAACCUGUGACUUUUGACCGUAUUCUGCGAAUGCAAUCAACAUUGAAUGGUGGGGUUAAGGGGGAGGUUUUUCUAAAUUUACGAUAAUAUUACGAAAUUUUGUCAAUUAAUUGCAAGUGUCGCAGAUUUUUGUCCAGGAUUAUAGUAUAUGAAUAAUAGAAUAAUAGCAUCCUGUUUAUGCUACUUUAAUGUGUAUAUAUACUCUUAAAACCAAAGUCUGAUUUAUUGUGUUUUUCAGACAUUGACGAGUGUCAGCUUGGAACCCAUGGUUGCAGUCAAUUUGAUACAUGUACCGAUACUCCUGGCUCAUAUCAAUGUACAUGUAACACGGGUUACACUGGUGAUGGCAGGACCUGCUUAGGUAAUGUACCCACUGAUCCGUAAAUAGGCUGGAUAGUGCAAAAAGAUUUCGCUGUAGUACGUUGUCCAAACUUUAAAAGCACGAUUCAAUAACUACAUUAUUUCUAUCGUUAUUGCGGUUGACAAAUAAUCUAUGUUUUUUAGAUAUUAACGAAUGCGUGUUAUCCAACUCCUGCCACGUGGACGCCACGUGUACAAAUACUCCGGGUUCAUUCACAUGUGCUUGUAAUGCUGGCCAUACUGGCGAUGGUAGAACAAGUUGCAUUGGUAAGUAGUAAACAUUCUUUUGGAUUCACUCUUGUCUAGUUUUCCGGAUUGGGUUCCAUGUUACCAUCGUUUUUAUGCAAACUCAAAUUACAAUCCAAACCAUACUCCUAACGUCAAUACCAUACAACUUAUGACGUCAUUACUAGAUGGUAACAUGGAAAUAAUCUCGAAGGUCUGUGCCAGUGUAGGAAACGACGAUAACAUGACAACUGCGUAUUGAGAUACAACUUCCUGAAAACAAUAUUAGCAAAACUUCGACAUUUCGUGCGAAGGCACUUCUUCUGAAAGUUGCUAACAUCUAAUAACUUUUAUCAACUUUUAUCAGCCAUUUCAAUUCCUUUAGUGCUGGUGUGACAUGGUCAAAUUUCCUUAUACCACAAACUAUUCUGCAAGCGAAAUUCUGAAUUAACUGCAGUUUCUCGAUGUUACACUUUGAGGUGUUACUCCAUACAUUGGAACAAUAAUAAAGUCUGCUGAAAACCAAACUGUUCAUGAUAGUAAUCAGAGUACAUUUGUCGAAGGCAUGCUUCACACGAUUAAUUUGACCCAGUAUGGACAUACACGUGGAGACGGUCUUAUUAAUAUGGUGGUUGUAGGUUAAAUUAACAUCCAGAGUCACGCCAAGGUCCUUUGCCAUUUAAAUAAACCCUAUCGAAACCCUAAAUAAACCCUAUUGCAGAAUAGUUUGUGGUAUAAGGAAAUUUGACCAUGUCACACCAGCACUAAAGGAAUUGAAAUGGCUGCCAGUAGCUAGCGAGUUGUAUUUGAGAAACGCCACAUUUAAAUGCAUGACUGGUUGUGCUCCAGAUUAUUUAUCCGAACAAUUUGUAAAGCGUGGAGACAUUAGCCAGCGAUCCACGAGAAGUUCACAGAAAUUGAACAUUCCACUAUUUAAAAGUGCCACUGGCCAAAGGACUUUUUAUUAUAGAACUGUAAGCUUGUGGAACUCUCUGGAGUCUAAGUUUAAACUUUGUCCAAAUGUUGUAAGUUUUAAGAGAAGCCUUCGAAACAAACUUCUCAGCGACUUCUUAGCUAUUUAAACUUUUAAACCUUUAAACUCAUUAUAGUAAUGUGUAUGUCUAUAAAAUAGUAAUUAGGUACUUAUAUUCCUGUAUAUAUAUAUAUAUAUAUAUAUAUAUAUAUAUAUAUAUAUAUAUAUAUAUAUAUAUAUAUAUAUAUAUAUAUAUAUAUAUAUAUAUAUAUUUAUAUUUAUGUAAAUUAUUGCAUUUCUUUUGUAAUUAUCUUUGAAAAGUUCCUCUGUGGGAAAGAUAAUAAAUUUCUAAUCUAAUUUCUAACUUCCCGACGAAGGGCCUUCGCUUGAAACGUCGAAGUCUGCCUACAUUUUCCAGCGAAUUGUAUCUCUCUCAAUCCACUGCUGUCUUGUAAUGUGGAAAGACACGGAAAUAAUCUGCUUAGUUUGAGAACAAAAAUGAACGAACUGUCUCAUUUUUAUUUGCUGUUUGCGAAGUACUGUGCAUGGAGAUUUUCCAUGAAAUGCAUUGCAGUUUAUUAGAGUGAUUUGAAACAGCGAAAAAUGAGAGAAGAAAUUACAUCAAGCCAACUUCACUUUUUUAAUUAAAAAUUACUAUCUUAAACACUUCGAGUGUAUGAUAUUAGAAACAAACGUGUAUUUUGAUUUCGUCUGUGUUUUGCUCCAACAUCAAAUGUUUAAUUAUUACUCACCAGAGUGUUACAUUGAGGCGAGCGAGGGGGGGGGGGAGGAAAUAAUGUCAGGGCAGGUUAUAAAUACCGAAUGCAUGUGGACAUUAAUUGCACAACUACACACAUUGUAGCUAAAUCUGAUUUAUGAUUAUAUUGUUUUUAGAUAUUAAUGAAUGUUUGACAAACCCAUGUUCUCCCAAUGGUAUCUGCACCAACACCAAAGGUUCUUUCGGUUGUGCAUGUAGAACAGGAUUCUCGGGGAAUGGCUUUAACUGUCAAAGUACGUAUUCCGUUAAUAUUUUACUUAACGACUCACGGGCGAUAGUCAUCAAAAGUAGUUCUGGGAUGAAACCGCCGGGUUAUUGCAAUUCAGUCCAAAGCAAAUAAUGUUCUGUAACCAAUAACUUCCGAUAUACGAGAACAAGCCCGCUAAGCAGGAUUUCUUAUAAUAAUCUGCUUCUAUUAUGAUACUUAUUAUGAUAUAUUUCUAUAAAUAUUUUAGACAUCAACGAAUGCGUAGUAUCCUCUCCUUGCCACACAAACGCAAACUGCACCGACACGGUUGGAUCUUUCACUUGCCAGUGUAAAACUGGCUACACUGGGGACGGUUUUGCCUGUGUAGGUAAGUGCCUCGUUAUGACUACAAAAUGUUUGAUAACAAAUUUUGAUUGUUUUUAGAUAGUUUUAUUUGAACUGAUAUAACUCGACAAUUUUAUUCAGAAGUCCAUAAGCUCACAUCCCCAUGAAGACUGCUCUUAUGACUCUAUUACAAUUACUUGCUUGUGCAUUGCAAACUAACGAGGCGAGCUAUUCUACAAAAUUGCUGGACACUUGAGUAGAAGUUACCAUUUCUGUUGACUGCCUAUAUAUGUUUAAUUCGUCACUUGUGAUAAGUUUACUUAUAUAUGAUCGAUUUAACAAUAUUCUAUAAUCUUCUACAAUAAAAUGUGCAAGUUUUCCAACUAUUCUGUGAGAAGAACAAUCGUUCAAAUCUUAAUAUCUAUUCGUUCAUUGCAACCACGUUUAAUAUGCUUUUUGCUUGUUACUCUACGUGGUUUAAGUAAAUAAAUGCUGACAUCAUUCUGUGGUAUCUAUUUUUCAGAUGUUAAUGAAUGCCUGACUAAUCCAUGUCAUGCUAAUGCUGUAUGUCAAAAUACUCCCGGAAGCUUUAUAUGUGCAUGUACAGUGGGUUAUUCCGGAAAUGGUUUCAAUUGUGUUGGUAAGUUUGAAUAGUCCAUCCUGACAUGGUAACAUGCCAGGCUCUGCUCGUAGGGUAAAUUUGUCUUAACUAUCUGUGAGAUAAACCGAUUUAAGGCGAGUUUAGGCGAUUUGCAGAUGACUUAAGGUGAUUUAAAACUUCCACCAACGUCGUUACGAUUUAAGGCGACUUAAGAUAUUUAAGGCAAUUUAAGAUGGUCGAAGACGAGUUAAGACAGUAGCGGCUUUCAAGGAUUUCUAGAUCUAAAGCUAAUUGGUUGUUGUUCUUGCCAGAUUUAUUGUCGUACAUAUACAGUGAUAGAAAAAGGAUUUAUUAAAAACAUUGAACCAUUUGGUGAUGUUAAAGAAAACAUUUUUACAUUGAAACGUAUUUUGAUGUAAAGAGAAAGUGACAUGUUUCAAACGAAUGUAGAUAGUUACGGACGCGAGAUUUUGUGGUCUGUAACAUUGGUUAAUAUUAUUCUGAAACUGCAGAGUACAACGAAAAAUUCGUUGCCUUGAGCAGGAUUCGCACCUUCGUGUUUCGAGACCGCCGAAGAUGCAAGAACAGACAAAACAGAAAGGUUCCCUAAAACAUUUUGUUGCCCUCAUAAACUGUGUCAUUAUUCUGUCUUAUUGUGUUUGUUUUUAUUCUCAGAUAUCAAUGAAUGUAACGGUGAUCCAUGUCAUGCUAAUGCUCAAUGUACAAAUACUGUUGGAUCUUUCCUAUGCCAGUGCAAUUCGGGUUAUUCGGGCUCAGGAUUUUUAUGUACUGGUAAGUUUGGUACUUAUUUAUGAUGCACACUUAUUUGGUUUUACCUGAGUUGCGACGGUUGCCAAUUAUUUUUCUAAUUCCAAAUUCUGCACCUUGCCAAAUCCAACAGAUAUUUUUCAUUGCUUUGAGAGCCUACGCAACCUUAAUUUACAAACAUUUUCUGACCAUCCUAGAAUCUUUCUUUGCCAUCGGCUUAAACCAAUAACAAAACACGUUGUAUAAGAAUAAUAGAUGCAGCCUUAUUAACCUUCGGUGUAGUGUCAAAUCUAUAUGAACCAAUGUAUAUGUUUAUAUUUUCAGACAUUGACGAAUGUGCUAAUCCAGCAUUGAAUAAUUGCCAUCAAAACGCUAACUGUUUGAACAUCCCAGGAUCAUAUCAGUGUCAAUGUAACGUUGGAUAUACAGGAAAUGGAGUACAGUGUGCAGGUAAGUACAGCGGCUCCAGUUCAACGUUUCUCAUGCGUAUCCACAGGGAAGAGGUGAAACCUCUUUAGAAUUUUAAUGUUAUCUAUAAUAUGACUGGAUGAAUAAAAGAGCAUUUGUUUAGGUAAUCAAUUCUUUAAUAAAAUUUGGAAACAUUCAAACUUUGCGGUCACCUGGAACGCAGUGUUUAUACCCUCGUGAGGUCAGGAAAAACCCCGUCAUGCAUGGAUUACUGCCGAGUUAAGACGCAUCAGCCACUGCUGUUUAUAAUAACCAUAGCAGGUGGUAGACUUGGUAGUUCCUCAAAGAUGAACUCGGUGUCUCUACAAGGUGAAAGUAUCAGAGUAGGAGAACGAUCUAUUCAGGCGGGGCAGUUUAUAAGAUGUCGAAGAGUAUCUGCAGGUCAUUUGCCCUGUUGCAGUGGCCUCUCCAAUAGUACAGAUGGGUUACUAGUUGAGCUUUAGUUGAUAAUCCUAGUAAUAGUCGAAGACCAUAUAAUUGCAUCCACCAUGAAUUUACAUGUAGAUGACAGGAAAUUAGUUUUAAAGUGCGGAUUAACUUUUUGUCUGCGUAUAUUUAUUUUAGACAUCAACGAAUGUCUUACUGGUACUGCUUGUCACACGAACGCUAAUUGUACAAACACGGACGGAUCGUUUGAGUGUGUUUGUCGUGAAGGUUAUGUCGGCGAUGGUAUUAACUGCGCAGGUUUGUAUGACUAUUAUAUUUAGGUAUGGCAAAUUUUUGUAUAGGUCUUUCUCUUAAAAUAAUACUAUACGAAAACUGUAACUGGAUCUUAGUUAUAUGAAAUAUUGCAGUUCUUGAAUGAUUUAUAAUUCAACUUUUCUUCAAUGUAGAUAGGGAUGAAUGCCAAGAUAAUCCUUGUCACGUGAACGCUACAUGCGAAAAUAGAGAUGGAAGCCACAGAUGUUAUUGCAAAUCUGGUUUUAGUGGAAAUGGACAGUCCUGCGCUGGUACUGUUACGUAGAAUAACAUAAAUAACCUAACUGAACAUAAUUAAGAGAACAUAGCAGAACAAAAGAGUUAAACCACCGAGCUGAACAGGACAGAACAGAACAGAACACAACGCAACGCAAUACAACACAACACAACACAACACAACACAACGCACAACAGUAAGAACCAAAACGAAAAUAAGAGCAAACGUAUUGCGAAAGCAAGGCUUAAAUUUUGAAUUGUAUUUUUAAUUUCCUAGAUAUUGACGAAUGUUUGACAAACCCAUGUCACACCGAUGCUUCGUGUACCAAUACAAUCGGCGCAUUUUAUUGUACUUGCAACGAUGGUUACAGAGGAAAUGGACUGCAGUGCGCAGGUAUAUAAUGCCAUAAUUACUUCAAUAUUAGGCAGCUUGUUUAUAUGUUACUUGUUAUAAAAUGUUACCGUUUAUAUUGUUGUGUAUUAUGUAUUUUAAAAUAUUAUCUUAUGUGCUACAUAGAUAUCAAUGAAUGCGCAGCAAGCCCAUGUCAUGUCUUUGCCACCUGUACCAAUGUACCAGGAUCCUUCCAGUGUGCCUGUAAUGUUGGGUUCACUGGAGAUGGAUUUAAUUGUAAUGGUAUGUAUGCACUCCGAUAAAUGAGACUUUUUAUGGCAAUGAGAUAAUUUCUUGGUCAGAUAUCUGAGAGAUAUCCUAUUCAAUGAGAUCUGAUGUGGACUCGUUAAAUUUGACCAGAUUAUUCUGAGCAAAUGAUUUAAAUGGUUGUACUUACAUAUUUCCUAUUUAAUCAUGUUUUACAGUGAGUGAGUGCAAUAGCUUACGUUUACAUGGCGAUAUAUAAAAUGAUUAGUUUUUUCUGGAAAACUCGACAUUUACUUUCUUUUGAAAAAACUUUGAUAGUUAAAGGCAGAGCUUCGCGAAAUAAGCCAACUCUGUAUUUUCCAGAAUGAGUUCACACAUUUCUUUUGAAAAUAUAAAGUCGGUGGAACGACGUGGAACAAAGUUAAGACUUAUCUACCCAGACCUACAUCUUCUGCCUUUGGUUGAUAUUUAGAUAUUGACGAAUGUACUACAAACACGGAUGACUGCGCAGAUGCACCAUCAGGGACAUGUACAAACACCAUUGGAAGUUACAUUUGUACCUGUAACCCAGGAUACACUGGAAAUGGAAAAACCUGCGUUGGUAAGUUUUUCACAUGUCUUCUUGUCCAGGUAGGUAAGUGUAUAUAUAGUGAAGAAUACAAACUGCGAACUUUGAACAUGAUGCCACUACCUCAAAAAUACCUGAAGCGAAUUUCGACGUUCUGAGCGAAGCCUCUUUGUCUGGAAGUUACUUAGUAUAUUGAUCAAAUAUAUAGAAAGAGAUAUAAAGAAUGAGGACCUGGUAAGCACCAUGUCUCCACUUUUUUCUGGAAAAUAUAGGAGCAUUUUUAUUAGUUUUUGUUAUGUUUUUGAUACACAGUUUGAAAUAGGUGUUUCACGGCCCAUGAUGUGUAAUUGAUUGCACCCGUGUAAUUAGUUGAGUAGCUUUUAAGAAAAUAUUAUUAAAAGAACAGGAUGUACAGUUUCGCCAAACGUUCCUUGUGAUUACUAUUGUAGCCACAUUAGCAAGAUGCUUUUACUAAAUAUUUCAUUUUCUUACUAGACAUCGAUGAAUGUUUGGCUGAUCCAUGCCACGUCAAUGGUAUUUGCACCAAUACCGCUGGUAGUUUCAACUGUGCUUGUAAGACAGGAUUUUCUGGAGAUGGCUUCCAGUGUAAUGGUAUGUUAGUUCCUCUAAAUUGCAAUCCUAACCCAACACUGACGUAAGACUUUGUGAAAUCACUUUGGGACACUUAGUACUUACACUCAACUGGUAAUGACUCAGGUAUAUUAACGUCUGCUUUUUCUAAUUUUAAGCUUUGGUAACUUUCCCUUUCCCAUGGCUUAAUAGAAAUCAAUCGUCGAAGUAAUCUGAAACCUACUUACAAGUAAAUCUCUUCACAAAGGAUUUGACAGAAUUGUCCUUGUCCAUAUUUUUAGGUUUUUAACAGAAUAUAUUUGUUAUACUCUGCUUUGUGACCAAUACAACUACCGUUUCACUCACUACUUAAAUUGUUAAACAUUUUAAUAUGUUGUGGUAAAUUUAUUGUAUUUUCUUUCUUCUCUAAGGGCCAUUAGGAUGUCGGGACAUUUCCUAUUGGGCUGUUAGGAAAGUCCCCUUAAUUUUUGAUCAUGUGUUGGAAAAUUUACUGAAACCGUUGUUCUGUUCUAGACAUCAACGAAUGUUUACAACCAAACAUCUGUCACGCUCAAGCAACAUGUACUAAUACACACGGAUCAUACGUAUGUGCUUGCAACACUGGCUACACAGGCAACGGAACGAAUUGCGUAGGUCAGUAUAAGAGAACAAUGAAAUAAUCUUAUAAUAUCUAUACGGACAAAUAACUAACCCAGAGUUGGCGCGCCUCUUACGGCGGCGGUAAGCCUGCUGCUGUAGGUACACUUUUAAUUAUUGAUGUCUCUUCUGCUACGUGUACGGUGUCCCUCCUUCACGCACCACCACCUUAACUGUGCUCCGUAAUGGAUGGUAUCAUAGCAGGAGUCGCCCUAGUAAGCCUUUGACUCCUUCACGCAUCACUAAACUAAUCUUCCACCUUAACUGUGCUCCGUGAUGGAUGGUAUCAUAGCAGGAGUCACCCUAGUAAACCUUUGACUCCUUCACGCAUCACUAAACUAAUCUUCCACCUUAACUGUGCUCCGUGAUGGAUUGUAUCAUAGCAGGAGUCGUCCUAGUAAACCUUUGACUCCUUCGUAAUUCAGCUCUCAACUGUAGGAAAGGAUGAUAUACUGUAAAAACAAAUUGAUGUCUCUUCUGCUUCGUGUACGGUGUCCCUCCUUCACGCACCACUAAACUAAUCUUCCACCUUAACUGUGCUCCGUGAUGGAUUGUAUCAUGGCAGCAGUCGCCCUAGUAAGCCUUUGACUCCUUCGUAAUUCUGCUCUCAACUGUAGGAAAGGAUGAUAUACUGUAAAAACAAAUUGAUUGAAACAAACAAUAAAUUGGUUAUCCCAGACUCCAACUAAAUCUGAGAUAACCAAUAUAUUGGUUGAUUAACCAAUUUGUUUUUACAGAGUAGCAUUCAUUUACCCCCUUACUAAUCUUCAAUUUUUCUAAAAAUUAUAUCUAGAUAUUAAUGAAUGUCUCCUUUCACCAUGUCAUACCAACGCGCAAUGUACCAAUACAGCUGGUUCAUUCUUCUGUGUCUGUGAUCCUGGGUAUUCUGGGAGUGGUCUCGCGUGUAUUGGUUAGUGGAAUAAAUUAUAUAUCUUCUAUUGCAUGAUGUUUCGAAAGAGCGAGUGAGCACGAGAGGGGUGACGGAAACAUUGAGAUAACUUCUCAGCGGAGGAGAGAUUAUAGUUGUGUUGUCAAUAAAGUCGUAAAGAGGAAGUAAAUAAGCUGAAUUAUUAUAUAUCAAUAGUCAAAGUCGCAUUUUUCUAGUGUUUUAUUGGUUGAGAGCAUAUCACGUGAGAGUGACGAAAUUAGGCUGUCUCCCUCGCAACAGCGCGAGAGGGAGAUAAUACGUUAUCGACCGGCGAAUAACAAAAAAAAUCACGUGCGCCAUCACGUGAAGAUGCGACCUUUGGACAUGCCUAGUAUACGUAAUUAAAACUUUCGCUUUAAGUAACUGCAGUGUAGCCAGUGUUUAAUAUAACGUUUUAAUAAUAAAAUAUUUCAUGAAUUUACGUUCAUUUGUUCUUUAAUUUGUUGUUUCUUUGACUAUUGAUAUAUAAUAAAACACUUAUUUACUGAGACCUCGGGAAAGCAGUGUGUUUUGUGGACCCUUGACCGUCGAUGUUUCCCUCGGCUUCGCCUCGGGAAACAUCGACGGUCUCGGGUCCACAAAACACACUGUUUCCCUCGGUCUCAGUAAAUAAGUGAUAAAUGUUACUCGUAAUGGUACAAAUCGGAUAACAUCUGACCUUUUUAGUUAACUUGGCACAUAGACCAUAACUUUGGGAUAAUUAAGAACAUCGCUGCUCUUGAAAAGAUUCACACACGCUCAUGUAGACAAGUUUUAACCCGUUCAUAGGAUUUUUUAAUUUAUUUUACAAAAAGUAAUAUAAUGGUCUGUUUGUUUACUACUAGCGUAGAAAUAUGAGAUUUGCACGAAAGGAAAGAAUGUUUCCUCCUCUAUUUUUAAGUUUGGCUACGAAGAACAACUCAACGGAAUUAAUAUUUCAAUUCCGAGAAUUCCACAUUAAUGAAUACGAGGUUUCUAUUUCUCUGACACACUUUUAUUCUUUAUGCAGAUAUCAACGAAUGUCUGACAAGUCCCUGUCACUCACAGGCUGCUUGUACGAAUACUCCUGGAAACUUCUUCUGUACUUGCAAUACAGGCUACUCUGGAAAUGGAACUUACUGUGUUGGUAAGACUGGGUUUGAUUCAAUAAUGAACAUGCAGGAGCUUCGGUGGCGCAAUUCUCAGAACAAGCGCCUUUCACCUCUGACAUUGUGAGUUCUCGCUCAUGCGGACUCUUAUGUGAAAAAGUGUCGAUUAACGCACUACCCCAAAUCGAGGGUUGCCCCUGGAUAUGACCCUGUUUAGUAAGGAUGAUUAUAACACCCUCACUUGCGUGCUUGCUUACUAGAUUGCUCAACUACUGAGUAUUGGAUUCAAUAAUUUGCAUCAUAUUCUUUCGCGUUACAUUUGACGGUUGAUUUUGACAACUUAAUUCAUAGAGCUGCAUGCAAUCAUUUUUGGUAACUUGUUUAGACGUGAGAAAUGUCGAAGGAUCAAUAUUAUAUAAUUUGAAUUCAAUGUUCACUUACGAUGUUAAGACAGUAUAUUUACCGAGAGAGUCAUAUUUAUGAAAUUUAACUUAUACAAGCAACACUGAAUAUAUUACAGCUAAUCGCAAAUAUUACAAAAGCCAUUAUACCACAUCUUUCGUGCUUUAACUGAUUGUUGGUGUUUUGUUUUAUUAGAUAUUAAUGAAUGUUUGACCAACCCAUGUGGAAAUAACGCUGCGUGUUUCAACACACCUGGUAGCUUCCGAUGUCAAUGUGCUCCGGGCUACACAGCCAGACCUUCCGGAUGUAUUGGUAAGAAAACAACUUUUUGGAUGCUUAUGUAACGAUAUGACAGAAACAGUAUAGCUGAAGUUCACCAAGCACUAUCAGAUAGUGCUCAAUACUAGAUUCCCCUUAUUACGUUUUCGUAGCGCUUUGCAUUGUGGUUAUGGUGGUAUCACUGAUAUUCAAGAUGGCUUAUUUUUUAUCCUGACCCGUGCAAGAACUUUUAAAAAAAGCUAGGGUCAGGGCGCGAUAGCCAACAGAAAAAUAUUCGCGAAAACAUUCAAUAUUUUCAUUCGAGGCCGCUAUCUUUAUCAGUGAUACCACUAUAACGACAAUGUAAAGCGCUACGAAAACGUAAUAAGGGGAAUCAUCAGUUGACAGUUUUAGAACGAUAAAAUACUUAAUUGACAGUUAUUAGAACGUUUCUUUUUGUAAUUUUAAAAAAUAUUUCAACACAUCAUUGUUUUUUCUAGUGCAUGCAUGUCAAAACUAUCUGAAAUUGACAUGCUGGCCCAUACCGCAUACUAAAACAAACCAAUACUGUAGUUAUUAAGCAAUGACAUCAAUUUUGAAGACAAAGAUGGGCAAUUAUAAAUUAACAUAAUCAGGGCCGUGCACAGCGGGGUAAUCCCCCCCGAGAAAACUAUAUUUAUGAUUUUUAGAAUGACAUUGCUUAUUCUUUGGGUUUUUGGGACUUUUUUCGGCAUAUAGGCCUUACUGCCCCCCCCCCUG